GUCACAUGAUGCUGUUUGGCUGCUGAGUCCCUCAAGCUGCUGCAGCUGAGCUGAUUGCUAGACACACAACGCUGUAACCCCACAGGCAGCGCUGCACCUGGAAGCCCCGUCUCACUGACACCAAAAUGUCGUACGGAUCAAUCGCCGGGGGUGCCUUCGGGAGAAAUGCUUUUGGUGGGCCCAAAAGACAGGGCUACCAGCCAGUAGCGACCCAGGUGAGCCCCACAGAGCUGCAGGAUGUGUUUCAGGAGACUUCUUCAAACACCUUCCAGAUCAACGGAAACGUGCUGACCCUGGAGAAGAGCCUUCAGUCACUCGGCACCUCCAGAGACACCCCAGAACUCCGGGAGACUUUACACUCCACUCAGCAACAGACCAACAAAGUCAUCACCAGCACCAUCCAGCUCAUCCAUCAGCUCUCUGAUAUCAUCAGCAGCUCCUCCCGGCAAGACCAUCUACGACUCGUUCGUCUCAGAAGUGAACUCUCCGAGUCCAUCCAACGCUAUGGGGACCUGCAGAAGAAAAUUGCAGAGAAGUCCAGAGCCUUGCUGCCUCCGACACAGAAAGAUAACAGACAGAGUCCUCGGACCCCAUUUGCAGACCUUUCUGAGGAUGACAGGAUCUUUGGCGGGGGUGACGUGGCGGGGCAGAGCCAAGACGGGCGUGACGACCAGGCCUUCCUGUCGGAGAUCAGUGAGGAGGAUGUGGAGGCACUGAGGCUGCGAGAGGAGGCACUGCUGCAGAUAGAGAGAGAUAUGCUGGAUGUGAGUCAGAUUGUGAAGGACCUGGCAUCAAUGGUACAUGAGCAGGGAGACGCCAUAGAUAGCAUCGAAGACUACAUCCAGACAACUUCCUCCAACGUGGAAUCUGCCAAUCAAGAACUUGCAAAAGCCAGUCACCACCAGAAACAAGCUCGGAAAAAGAAGUGCUAUCUCACCCUGGCGGGUGUGAUCGUGUUGGUUUUUCUUGUCAUUAUUAUUGCAGUGUCAGUUAGAAAAUGAACUGUCCAUCAAUGCAAUUCCAGUCACUCCCUCCUGACCACAGUGAUGUUGUGGGGAAGAUAUUGUCGUUCCUCUCCCUCACUUCCUCCUUCUCUCCAUCCCUGACUCGUCCUUUCAACACUCCCUGGGCUCCACUGUACUCUAUACAGCAGCAUUCUGCUUCUGGCUGUCGUCAUCUGGAAGAGGGGGAGAGGGGGGGCAACAACCCUCCCUUCAGCCUGCAUUCCCUCCUUGACUUCACCACAGCUCAGUGUAGCAUUGCAAUCUUUGUGAGGGACUGGAAUUCACCACACCGAAAUGCACAGGGUCUCUGCAGUGCGUUUAUUUACUAGGCAGAGUUAGACUGCAGUUUAACAAAUGCCUUGGGCCUGUGAUUUACAGCUAUAGUAACAACAUAAAUGCAUUAUGAAAGAAACAGGUCCAGAGUAAAGGAGAUUAUUUAUUUAUCCACAGUCAAGCCAUGUUGUUUUUGCUUUUUUCACAUGAUAAAUGCAAAUCAUCCUUCUGCUACAAUUGUAAUUGCAUGCAGUUGAAAGGCUAAAACAGAGACCAUGCCAAAGUUACUGCCAACUCUUAUCGCUAAAAAAUGUAAUAUUGUGUUUUAUAGAACCAUUGAAAAUAAUUGUGUCUGUUCUGUGUCAUGUACAACCCCAAUGAGUUUAGUCACGACAAACCUAUUACAUGAAUGGUCUGUCUGACUGGGACCUCACUCUGAUGUUCUUGCCAGUAUCAUAAAAAGUUUGGAUUGGGCAAUUACUUGAGAUACAUGGUUUUAACUAUACCUUUGCAGGAGUUCUAGGUGACAUGGGAAAACAAGGUCAUUAUGAAUAAAACCCUAUUGAAGCAAUUGAGAUAUAAAUAUGUUAAACUAAGGGCCGGACCAAAUCAAACCCUGAUCACUCUUUUAUGCGAUAAUAUCGCUAGUUUCCAUAUCGCAUUUUCUUUAUCCCAAAACUAAAACUACCCAUUUCCAAUUAGCGAAAGGGGCAGAGAGAAGUUUCGCAGGAGUAGGAGGGACCGCUGAAAACAACAUGAAAACAGCUGUUGACCAAUCCCCAGCCGGUAAUUGUGACCUUUUAAAGGGGCGGAAACAAGGCGGUAACAUGCGAAAAGGCAGGCAAAGACAGCUGUGUUGUCUGAGUAUCAGUGAAUGAAUACUAUUACAUACAACUACGACUACUAGUAAUAAUAAUAAAAAUAUGUUUAUUAUUAUUGGACUGGAUAUUUUAUGCCGACUUCCAACAUUAAAGCUUGGAAAACUAAUUCCGUACAACAACUGAUAAAAUAAAGGUGAUUUUAUGUAUCAGUUAUGUCAGUCAUUAUUUAUUUAGAAUUGAUGUAUUGUCUAGUGUAGUAUUCUUUUCUAAUUCAUAGUACAGUAGUUAAACCAAAAACUAUAAUAUGAUAAAAUAAUAUAGUACUAAAAAAUGAUUAUAACAAUUUCUUUGUGAAAUAAGAAGUUUACUUGCUAAUAUUUAUUUUUCACAGUUGCAGUACUUCAGGUUUUAUUAUUAUUAUUAUUAUUAUUAUUAUUAUUAUUAUUAUUAUUAUUAUUAUUAUUAUUAUGUUAAUAUAUUUGCUAUUUAUACAAUUAUUUAUGGAUUUUAAAAUGUUUAACAAGGUGCCCUGCAAUUCAAAAUAUUUUACAGUUACCUUUCAUUCCAUUUUAUUUGGUGUCAGUUGAGCUGCUGUGUUUGUUUUACUUCACCGGGUGCACUUCUUGUAUAUUUUAAUGUGCUAGUUUUGCAUCGUAUGCAGAAGUGAUGUUAUUACUGUCAUCAUUAUUAUGAAAUAAAUAUUUACAUCAAAAUUAACGUUGACAGAUGAAUUUUAUUGCUUCAAACAUGUUUCCUUCUGCUAGUUGGAAAGUCAAC